CCCCACACUACAAUUCCCAGCAGGCCCCGCGUCGCGGUUGUGACGUCAUUCGCGCGACGGGUAGGAGAGUGGGAGCUCGGCCCGGGACUGGUCCAGGCUGCCAUGACCAAGCUGGGGCAGUGGCUGUGUGGACUCGCCCUGCUGGGCUCGGCCUGGGCCGCGCUGGCGCUGGAACCCCCAGGUCUGCGUCUCCCGGCCCCGUUCCGUGAGGCCCUGCUGCCCCUGCCCCUCUACCUGCUGGUGGCCUUCGGCUGCUACUCCUUGGCCACUGUGGGCUACCGCCUGGCUACCUUCAACGACUGUGAGGAGGCGGCUGCCGAGCUGCAGGAGCACAUCAGGGAAGCACGGAGGGACCUGCGGCAACGAGGGCUGCAAUUUUAGUAUCAGAGAAAUCAAGAAAGGGUUUGGGUUGGAAAGGACCUCAAAGGCCAUCCGGUUCUAUCCCCUGCCAUGGUCAAGGACACCUCCCAUUGGCUCAGGGGCUCCAAGCCCCAUCCAACCUGGCCUGGAACCCCUCCAGGGAUGGGGCAGCCACCACCGCUCUGGGUAAUCUGGGCCAGGGCCUCAGUGCCCUCAUUGUGAUGAAUUUUUCUCUAAGAUCUCAUCUAAAUCUUCCCCCUUGCAAUUUAAAGCCAUUCCCUCUCAUCCUGUCCUUUUACUCCCUGGUCAAGAGCACCUCCCCAGCUUUCCUAGAGCCCCUUUCCAUACUUGAAGCUGCUCUAAGGUCUUCCUGGAGCCUUCUCUUCUCCAGGCUGAACAACCCCAAUGCUCUCGGCCUGUCCUCAUACAGGAGGUUCUCCAGCCCUCAGAUCAUCUCCGUGGCCUCCUCUGUCCUCGUUCCAACAGCUCCAUGUCCUUCCUGUGCUCAGGACUCCAGAACUGGACACAGGGCUCCAGGUUGGGUCUCACAGAGCAGAGCAGAGAGGCAGAAUCCCUUUCCUC